CACAUUUUGUUACACAUUACGCGUGUGUACGCUUCAGAUAAUCAACAUGGCGACGAUUGUAGCGGGUUGAAAUAUGAAUUUAUUAUCUUAGCUAGGCCUAUGGCAUGACUAUUUAUUCAUCUCUCAAGCUCCCUAAAUAUCUACUUUGGAUAAGGUGAGGGAAAAAUACCUUUUAAUUAAGAAUCGAACGUCAAUGUUGCAGCUCUAGGCCCAACAAUUUAUUGCUAGGCCUAGACCCAUGGUCGUCGGGUUUCUCAUCUGUCUUCUUGUGGGCUCGAGUGGUUAGCUGAGUCUAGUUAGCGUGAGCCGAACAGUCUGGCUAGCAGUUCCUACUAGGCAUAUCCUGCUGUAGUUGUAAGAACAGAAACUGAGGAUCAUCAGAGCCAAGUAAUAAUUUCAGAAAUGGGUCGCGAUCAUCACAGAAGCAGCAGAAAGAAAAGCAAGAAGAAAAGUUACAGUAAAAGUGAAUUGAAAGAAUCAAGCACAAAGUUUAAUGUCGGAAGUUUGCAGCAAAAACUAAAGUCUCUGAAUAACACUCAAGAUAGUGUCCAGUCUGUUUCUUUAUGGAUUAUUCAUCAUAAAAAUCAUGUUACCAAUAUUUUAGCAACAUGGCUUCAGGAAGUUAAAGAGAGUUCUAUAUCAAAACGUCUGAUUCUGAUGUACCUUGCUAAUGAUGUCAUCCAGAACAGUAGGCGGAGGGGGAUCACAACAUUUGUAGAUGGUUUUGGAGAAGCCUUCGUAGAGGCUGUAUCCCUCUGCAGGGACGACAGCAUUAGGAAAAACAUAGAGAGGCUUUUUAAGAUUUGGGAACAACGCAAUAUCUAUGAUAAUGAUGCCAUUGAAAAAUUCCAGGAUGCGAUUUCAACAGAAAAAGAUGCCCAGGCUAAAGCAAAUGCUCAAAUCCUGGUUGAGUAUAAGCCGGACGAAUUACCUGAGAGCAUGGAAAAGUUAGUGCAUUUUGAAGGAGAGGUUGAUUUGAAGAGGAAACAAUUAUCAAAUAUGAAUGUAGAUGUUACAAGUACAGAAGCAAUUAUGCAAUUAAAAGAUCGAGCUGGUGGUAAACGAUUUUCCAAACACUUUGAAGAUGCGACGAAUAAACUGGAUGACUAUGUGCAGUCGCUGAGCAAGGAAGUGGAGAUGAGGCAAGACCUACUGGAGCUGCUUGAAAAGAGUGUUGUGUUUUAUGAAGCUCAGUUUGGAGAAGCGAAAAUAGUUGCAAAUGCAUAUAAGAAUUUUGGAACACGAGUUGGUAACCUGAAGAAGCGUUUAGAUGAGUAUAGGAAGCUGAUUCCUAAUGACUCAUUAAGCCCUAUCCCAUCACCUUCAUCUGAUGCUCCAUCACCUGGUGCUACACCUCCAAGGGAUCCAAACCAAGACACAACUGAAUUGGAAGAUAUGGACAUGUCUGAAGAUGACGAUACAGAUUCAAAAAAUGUUGGAUCCGUUGUGGCAACAACAUCCAGGCCAUCAAGGAGCAAACCUGUGACAUCAUCAAAGAAGCAGGCCCCUCUUGCAUCACUACCUGGACCUCCUACUGUUGGACAACCAAUCUCAACCAUAGCAGGGCAAGUUGGAAAGUAUGCUGAUGAAACACAAGAAUCUUAUUCACCAGGAUCAAACACAUCUGCCCCCUCACCUAUAGGUACCCCAGAAGGUUUAAACCUGUCCCCAAACAGCAGUCAGACAGCCCCAGAAAGCAACAUCUACGUCAAUGACACACCAGCUCAGCCAACUGCUUCUUACCAAGCGACAGCACAAAACCUCCUUCCCCAGAUCCCAUCUCCUGAUCUUGCCCCCUUUCCUGCACCUGUAAAUCCAUUGCCCACAAAAGUUGCCCCUGUUCCUCCUGUUUCUUACACCUCUGCCAGCAGCUCUACAUAUAGUAUGUAUACUCAAGCUACACCUGUACAGUACUCAUCUACAUAUGCACCUCCUUCAACACCUACAAUUAGUACACCAGAGUCUACAGCCCUUUAUAGUUCUAACACAUACUAUCAAAAUGAAACAGCUGGAAGUACAGGGUAUUCAGCCACGCCCAUUAAUACACCUUCACAACCGACAACAUCUGGUAUAUAUUCACAGAACUAUACACCAUCAACAUAUAACGCUCCUCCAUAUUACGCUCAGCAAUCCAGCCAGGAGGGGGGUUACUCAACGGCACAGACAACCAGCAAUCAGUACAGUCCACCUGCUGCAACUGAUCUAUAUUCUCCAACCAUGCCUACACCCCAGCAAUCAAGUUUCACAGCCACAAACUCAUACAAUCCUACGGUGCCACCCCCUAACUAUGGGACAAAUUACACUCCAACUGCUCCAAAUCCACCACCUCCUUUACCGCCAGGAGAUUACAAGCCAGCACCCCCACCAGUGGAGGAAACAUUUGUGCCAUCCAACACGCAGAACCCAACAGAUGUUAAUUAUUCAGAUCCACAAGUUGAAUAUCAGACACCAGGUUUCCAAAGUGGAAAUGAUAAUUACGGCAACUCUCAAAGCCAGUAUGGGACUGAGAAUUAUAAACCUUAUGAUAAUCAAAAUACUUCCUACCCAGGCAAUAACAGUGGGUAUCAACAGACAGGCUACACUCGCACAGAUGAAACUCAUACAGGCUUUAACUCAGGCUCAACUUUGGAUAGUCGGAACGAGCGAGAGCUGAUGCAGCAGGCCAAGACAAACCCAAUUGGAUUCUUAACCAGGAUUAUUACAGCCUCAAAACAGCCUCGUAACACCCCAAGAUCAAAUCUCCUAAACAACCUUACUGCUUUAAAGACAGUGCCCACUGUUGAUGAUCAAACUUUCAAAACAAAAUCUGAAUCUGAAAGAAAUCUCCAAAAUAUUGUGUCCGAUCAUCCAACAGAGGUUGAUAUGGUUGAAGAGAAGUCAACAGGAAGUUUAGAUGAUAAUCAAGAAGCUAUGGAAACACAAACAAAGCCACGCUCAAUAUUGAAAAGGCGACAAGCUCCAGAGGUCAUAAAUACAGAUUUGGAGCCACCAAAAAGAGAGAAAAUUCAUGAACCUCCUAAAAUAAAAUCAUCUCAUUCAAUCGCAUUAGGUGCAUUUCUGUCUUCACUUCAACAAGAUGAUGAUGAUGAUGAUGAUGAAGAUGAGGAUGAAGAAGAGGAUAAAAAAUAUGAAAAAGAAGAUGAAAAAGCAAAAUCAGUUAAUGUAAAUGAACCAGAAGAGGAGUUUCCAAAUGCUGUGAAUGUUGUUAUACCAAAGACUGAAAACUCGCCUUCCAUUGUGAAUCAACCAAUGAAAACAGAUGAAAUAUCCACAAUAAAGAAUUUGGGAGAUAAACCACUAUCAGGUUUAACACAUCGACCACCACCUGGUCCUCCACCUGGCCCACCACCUGUUAAUGCAAAACGUGGCCCACUUAACAUUAAUCAAAUAAACCCGGUGAAAUCAUUAGCGAAGGAUACAGUCAAAGAAGCACCAAGGUUGAUGAAUAUUGAGCCAACGCCGAUACCAGUACUUGGAGCGCCAGUCACUAAACCAGUCUUAAAACGCAGACUAAGUUCUGUCGUCGUUCCCGCCAAAAACUAUUCAGAGGAUAAUGAUUGGGAAACUAACAACACAAAGCCUGACUAUCGAGAUGACUAUUACCAAUAUGACUCAAUGGAGUAUGGGCAUGAUAGGGGCAGGUACGAUGACUACAGGCAAAGGCGCCGUCCAAUGGAAGCAAUGGAGUAUCACCGACAUCAAUCACAUGGUGGUGGCCAUGGUGGCCGGUACGAGGAUAAUCGAUAUCGGUAUGAUAGAGGGCAACCUUACUAUGACUAUGGUACACCACAGCAACAUAGGCCGCCAGUACGAGGUGGUCGACCGCCCCCUUAUUAUCGCUAUUAACUGAACAUUUCUUUUUUGUGAGAAGAUAAACAAAUAUUUUAGAAAACAAUGUUUCAUUGAGUUUAAUUUAUGCUUGCUUAAAGUAGAAUUUUUACUGGAAUUUUGUGGGUUUCCAAAUGUAAAUAUCUUAACCUUACAAAGUUGUAUAAAGUACAAGUAUUAUGAAACCUGAUACCCUGACCUUUGACAUUUGUAGAUUAAUCAUUUUUAAGUCCCAUUAAGACAGUAUUUGCUUAUAAAUUGAGAACUAGUGUGAAUACAGUAUAUAAAAAAAUGUACUUUUUUGGAAAGGCUAAAGGUUCCUGCUUGAACUUUGAAAAGUAGGAAGUGAAUUGUUUGUAUAAAAAAAGAAAAUGUUGUUUGAUAAGUCAAAGUUAAAAAUAACUCAUGAUUAAUUCAUAUUUGUGUUUUGUUUAGAAAUAUGUUUUUUGUAAUGGCAAAGUAAACUUAUGUCGAAGGUUGAAUAAUAGUACACAAAAAAUAAUCAUUCUGAAAUUGGUUUGGCACGCUGUUCCAUUUGGUUAUGAUCAUUCAUGAGAGGAUAUGAUUAAUAAUGAGUGGUUAUGAUUAUCCCUAAGUGAUAAUGAUUAUGGUAGGUUACAAUAACUCUUGAUUUGGUACAAUUAUUCAUGAGCAGUUAUGAUUAUUUGUGAGUGGUUAUUAUUAUUCAUAACAGUACAUGAUUAUGAAUGCUCAUGAUGUGUUUAUCAAUGUUGUUGGUUAAAUUUAUUUAAUGCACUUUUUGUGAGGUAGUCUGGCCUCGAGAUAUACUAGUAGAAUCAUUUCUGAAUUAAAAUACAGAAGAAUGUUUUGGUGAAAUAAGUCAAUGUUUCAAGAUCAGCAAUUACAAAGCAAUGUAGAAUUCACAUUUUUAUAACAUUAAUAAGAAUCUUUUUUAUUUGAAAUUAUGAACUAUUCUAUUUUUAGUAAACACUUUGUUCUUGCUAUAUUUUGCAAUGCAAUGCCCUUGUUAAAAUGUUUUUCCAUUUGAUGACAUCAUCUGUGAUUUUGAGCCCAUAUUCAUUGUAUAUGUGUUGAAAGUUGGUAAACAUUCUGAACUGUGUGUAGCCUCGAUACACUGAACGUAUAGAGUUCUUGUCCACUCUCAUUAAACUGAGAUCUUGCAUAUGAGCUAAUGUAAUAUGAUGAAAUCAUAAAUAUAUGUGAAUUUUAGUUUGCACCAGUCAGAUAUUUCUAAUGGAACAGUUUUUUCAUCAUUACCUGUAUUUUCACAAUAUCUAGAAUACAUUAUGUACAUGUUUAUAUUCUUUCUAAGGAAUCACUUCAAAUGGUUAUAAGUAUGUAAUGAAGAAAUGUACAUUUAAAGGUAACCAAUGUGAAAAUCAGUAAAACGAUACAAAGUUUUGAAAAUUACAAUUCAUUUGAGUGUACAACAUUUGAGUUCCAUAAAAUUCUUAUUUUAAAUAUUACAGUAUAUCUGAUUGUUUUCUGCAAACGUUUUUAUUGUAUUGACGCGAAUUGCGGUUUGUGGUCUAUAUCUGAUUGUAAUUUACAUUAAUGUUUCCAUAUUGUUAAUUGUUAUUCAUAUGUCGAAUAUCAACAAAUCUUACAUCAAACAACAGUGAUCAAGUAAACUAUUUUGCAAUAGGUAUACGAGGAUUUUAAAGAAGAUAGGAUAGGCCUUCCCUCCUCAUCUUGUAAAUAAUUUAUGCCCAUGUCUCCUCAGGAAAAUUUACAAAUUCGUUCCAUUCACGGGUGUAGGAGAGGACUUGCAUUUGGUGGGGAUGGACAUUGUUUUUUAAAACUGAAGUUAUUAUCUCAAGCCUUCUGGGGUUAUAUUACCCAUAGAAAAAUCAAAAAAUUUUACAUCAAACAACAGUGUUCAGGUAUACUUUUUUUUAUAGACGAUAAAUACCUGAAUAGUGUAUGUUUCUCCAGCACCUCAAUUCCCACCCCUCCCGGAAAAAGAAACAUUGAAAUGCCAGGGAUGAGUUUACAACAGAAUUCUAUCAAAUAGGGCUUCUUUAUUUAAUUAUUUGAAUCAUCUUUCUUUGUAAUUCCGAUUAAAAUAGAAUUUAAACAACUA